AUUUUCUUUCAAGAUUGUACUUGAAAAUUCAUUUUUAUUAUAAAUACACUGUGGAUUUUUAUGAUAGAAAAAGCUCUGGUUAGACAAGUAAUUUUUAGGAAUUUGGAUUUUGGAAUUCACUAUUUUGUGUGUGUAGAUUCGGACUUAUUCACCUAUUGGUGCUCCGGUCAGUUGAGUGUUAUGAUCCAGUAACAAAUCGGUGGCAGUUCGUAAAGUCUAUGACAACAGCACGUGCUGGGGCUAGUGCCGCAGAGCUUGAUGGGAAGAUUUUUGUGUCAGGAGGAUUUGGAAACACUUUAUCUGGAAUGCCUCCGAUCCUUGAUAGUGUCGAAGUCUUCCACUCAUUAAAAAACAGAUGGACUGCAAGAGGUCGUCUACGUUUUGGUCGUUGCCAUGCCAACAUGACUUGUGUUGGAGGCACCCUGUACCUGAGCGGUGGUUUGGCCGUGGAUUCUAACACGUCACGUGUUUUAGACGUAGAGGAUGUUGAUAUCUAUGAUGCGCAGAAUGACUCCUGGUGGUUGCGCACUUGUUUGGACAGAGCACGCCACAGCGCAGCUUAUUUUGUUUCAGGACAAAAGCUGUUUUUAAUUGGUGGAAUAGCUCUCAACAGCAAAGGCACUCUGAAAAAUUCUAUAGAAUGUUUGGACACGCGAUCAAACUCAUGGUUGGCCACUUUUGAACUGCCUAGUGAGGUGCAGUGGAUUCGAAGUGUUAUCUAAUGUGAAUUUGGGACCAUGUAGGAAAAAAGUGAAAAGGCUUAUAUUUAAUCGAGGCAGGCUGCUGACAAACAAGUGGAUGUUACCGGGGUUUCAGCAGUCUCAUUUAAAUUCAGCACCUCGGAAGUGCUAGUCAUUAUAACGAUCUAGCUCCAAUACAACCCGUCAAAGAGUCAAAUGCUGUCUAACGUGUUUUACACCAAUGGUUAUGCCAUUCUUGGCAGUGAUUUUGACGUGGGUGUGACCGGUCAACAGGGGAUGCUUACUCCUACUAGGCACCUGUUCCCACCUCUGUAAUAUCCAACUCUCUAUUUUGUAUUAAUUAUAAGAGUUAUAAGAGAGAUCACUGUUCGUUAUCUUUCAUUUAUCACCAAGAAUACAAAUUGUCCAAAGAUGUAUGAACUAUAUUCAUUAUGUAUUGUUUUUAUGUAUUGUUUAUAUCCAUUGUUGAUUUGAUGUGAUUUGACAUUUUAUAUUAAAAGUACAAAAUAAAUAAAAACAAUAUAAAUACAA